GCCCCUUUGCAUUUGCAUGCAUUUCAUCGAUGCCUCCGGAGCCCGUUUCUGCAACAGUUUUUUCUCUAAUUAGAUUUCGCAGUGUGAUUCGUUAUGGGCAUCGUGCAGGGCGGAGCUGUGGCCCAGGCCGCGGUUGCUCGAAAUCUAGAAUUUAGAGUGGUGGAGAGGACAGCCGAUGCUCCGAGGAAUCUAUUUCAUUAUGUUCUAUCAUCAAUAUAGUUCACAGCCUGUUUGAUGUGAGUUUUAGGAUUCCACUCUCAGGUUUAGAGGAAACUGGAACGAUGGGGAACAAACAACCUUGUGACAACCGAAUCCACACACCGUACAGUGAGAUGGUCGGCGAUGCAAUCUCAGCUCUGAAGGACCGCCCAGGCUCCACACAGAGUGACAUCUUCAACUAUCUCGAGACAAAAUACCGGGGAAAGAUUUCUCCAAUAGUGAAGAAAAGCCUCAAAACUGUCAUAAGGUCCAUCAUCAAGACUAAGAAGGGGCAGAGGAGACGCGGCAGGGUCCAGCUAGCGAAGAAUACUGACCGAAGAGUUAGAUUUAAAGCUAAGGCGGGUCCACGCAAACGUCGGCGAAAAUGCACUCAGAAAACCGACAGGGCUCCAAAACUGAAAGCGAAAAAACUUGCCCGACCCAAGAACACAAAGACGGCCUCAAAAGAUUCCAAUUCAAAGAAGCUAUCGAAGAAAACUCCCAGGCGAGGCUCAAACUCCAAGCACCCAAAAGUUCCAUCACCAAGUGUGGAACUUCGUGAGCCAUCUUGCUUCGCAUAAGAAAUAUAAGUUCCGAAACCUGUAAGAUUGUUGUACAGUAACUCCCUUCCCACAUCUUCAACGCUCAUCUCAAAAUGUAACUCACACACAAGUUUCGACAGCACGAAAGUGUUAACGUUCACACCAGUGAGCCUGUGCCGUGUCGAUAACAUCCUACGGUUCCGUGAUCAGGAUGCGGUGAACAGUUCCGGAUCGCCCUAGUCACCAUCUCUUCGACGAUGCAGGUUGUUUAUUCUACGACGGCGUGGAGAAAUCUAGAUGAUGAAGGACGUCGAUGAGCUCAGAUUUGAUCAGGUUAACAAGUCAUGCAUGUCGAAGACGAAGGAUCAGAUUAUGUUCGUUCAUGUGGGGGUCUGUCAUGGAGAAAAAGAUCCAAUUCAACGGCCAGGAUUGUGUUGCCGUAUUCAUCCUAGUCAUGUUUUGAAACUUCACUCUGUCACACAUCAGCUUUGUCAAAACUGUUGCAAGAAUCUUCCGGAACUUUGUUUGAUUUCGCUUCUAGACAGCAAUAAAAUGAACAGUUUGUGCAUAUGAUGGUUGAUUUGUAAUAUUUUCUUUAAAAAUGAUACACAGAUUCCAUUGAUUGUUGUUCGUUAUGUUUGUAAUGCAUACGUACUCUGUAAUUUUCUUUUUGAUAUUAGAAAGUAGGGUGUGUAAUAGGCCUUGGAAAAUAGAAGUGGAUGAACAGUGAUUGACAUAUGUAGUGUUAACUACCAAUGAAAAUAAAAUAAUUAAGUCACUAAGUCU